AUGAUUCUUUCCACCAUCGCCGUGUGGUUCUUCACUCUGGGGCUGAGCAAUGCUCGCUCAGCCCCCCUGGGCCACCGUCUUGACCGGUCUAUCCUUCGUCAACAGUCUCAAUCAUCCUGUACCCCUUCUGCCGGCGGAAGCGAGUCUACCGAUGACACACCUGCUAUUGCUGCGGCCAUCGCAUCGUGCGGGGACGGCGGUACGAUUGUGAUCCCAGAGGGCACGACGUACUAUUUGAACAGCUAUCUCAGCUUUGCGGGCUGUGCAGACUGCAUUUUCCAACUCGAAGGCCUGCUGCAGUUUACCAGCAACACUACGUACUGGAAUGGCAGGACGGCCAUGAUUGAGGUUUCGGGAAUCAGUGGCCUGACGAUAGAGUCUACAACUGGAGCGGGGAUUAUGGAUGGUAAUGGCCAAGAUUCAUGGGAUUUGUUCGCCGAAGACAGCAGCUAUGCACGCCCGACACUCUUGUACAUUACCGGCAGCAGUGACAUUACGGUAAAGGGCUUCCAGCAGAAAAACCCUCCCAAUGUGUUCAACUCUGUCUCCGGCGGGUCGACCAAUAUCAUCUUCUCUAACCUCGAAAUGGACGCCACGAGUAACAGCGACAACCCUGCCGCGAACACCGAUGGUUUUGAUGUUGGUGAAAGCACAUAUGUGACCAUCAAGGACGUGAAGGUCACCAAUGAUGACGACUGCGUUGCUUUCAAGCCCAGCUCCAACUACGUGACUGUUGAGACAGUGGAAUGCAUCGGCUCCCACGGCAUCUCGGUCGGCUCCCUGGGUGAGGAUGGCGACAACUGGGUCAAGAACAUUUACGUCUCGAAUGCCACCAUGAUCAACUCCACCAAGGCGGCGGGGAUUAAGACCUACCCCAGUGGCGGCAGCCAUGGCACAUCCACGGUGACCAACGUGACGUUUACCGGCUUCACCGUGGACAACUGCGACUACGCAGUUCAGAUCCAGAGCUGCUAUGGCGAGACAACAGACUACUGUGAGGAAUACCCCGGCAACGCGACCUUGACGGAUGUGUAUUUCGAGGGAUUUAGCGGCACCACCAGCACCGCGUACGAGCCAGUCACUGCGAACCUCGACUGCGGUGCGGACGGCACGUGCGAUGUCCAACUCGUGGACUAUACCGUCGUUUCAUCGGACGGGGAGAGUGAGGUUCUCUGUGCCAACACAUCGUCUGAUCUGGGUGUUACCUGUACUUCUGGGGCUUCUGGUUGA